GAUGGUUUCAAUGCAGACGCACAAGGUAGCUCAAGUAGGUACCUACCUGCCUAUCAAGGGCACUUAUCGAUAAAGACAAGCCCCGCAAAUACUCGGCCCCUCUUUCCGCCUGCACGAGUGGCUGUCCACGACACCAAGGUCGGUCGGUCCGCGUGACUUGUGACUUGGAUUCACCUCCCCUCACCCACCACCUGCGCUCACUGCUCUCAACCACAUCGACAUCUUCUCGCCAUUUCCCGUCGUCGGCCACGAAGGCAGUUCCAAACCGCUUCAAUCUUUCUACCGAGGAUUAUUCCGCCUCCGCUCGUCUACGCUUCCAUCUCCGCACGCUCGACCGGUCCCCGAGUCCUUGGAUAACGCUUCAACCCCACACCCACCCCCAGCGCCGCCAUCUACCGCAAUAAUGAGUAGCCCACGCCGCAGGAUCGAGACAGAUGUCAUGAAGAUGCUCAUGAGCGACUACGAAGUCACGUUGGUUAAUGACAACAGGCAAGAGUUCUUUGUCCGAUUCAAGGGCCCGGCCGAAACUCCUUUCGAGGGUGGCAUUUGGAAAGUCCACGUCGAGCUCCCCGACACCUACCCGUACAAGUCUCCCAGCAUCGGAUUCGUCAACCGCAUCUUCCACCCCAAUAUCGAUGAGCUGUCUGGAUCUGUCUGCCUCGACGUCAUCAACCAGACAUGGUCCCCCAUGUUCGAUAUGAUCAACAUUUUUGAGGUCUUUCUGCCUCAGCUCCUGCGAUACCCUAACCCCACCGAUCCCCUCAAUGGCGAAGCUGCUGCCUUGUUGAUCAGGGAACCCAAGAGCUAUGAUGUCAAGGUCAAAGAGUACGUGCAGAAGUACGCCAACAAGGACGCUGCAGAUGAGGCUGGCGCCGAGAGCGAGGAUGAUGAUGACUUGUCCUCGGUCGCUAGCUUCGGCGACGACGACGACGAAGAGCCCGCGGGUCAGAUGGAUGAUGUAUAGAGCGCCCUAUCGGCACCGUAUUAGCUCGACGAGCAAUUGUUUCUCACGGCGUAAUGGGAUCAAGGCACGGCAAGGAGCCUUCAUUGGACGGAGUUACAACCACCCCGACGGCCUCCACCCCAGACUGGGUUGGAUCGAAUUUUGUUUCAUGGGUUUAAGGUAGGUAGGGAUAUAUCACUGCGCUUUUGGCAUUUGUUGGGCAAGACCAAGUUGGGGGACUGCUGGGGAAGAGCAGUCGAAAUCGACAAGGAGCUUCGGCAUCCUACAGCUGGUUUUGCUUGCCUCGUCCGAGGAUUUAGCAGACAGAACCGCAGAAUAUUUGAAUUUCAAUAGGAUUGCAUCAUAAUAAUGUCCCGGGGUAUCUUAACUAUAUAAUCUAUGCUGUCCA